AUUUUGAACGGGGGUCAAGAUGGCGGAGGAGAGCUGCAGGUUUAAGCACCGGAAUCACACCGGACAGAACUGCACAAACACCGAAUACACCGAAGGUGUGUCUGGUGUGGAGGAUGUCCAGCGUAAGAUGACAUCAGAUGAUCUGGAUGACGAGCCGCUGCUGGAGGAGGUGGAGGUGUCCGGGCCGGUCCAGAUCGUCAUUGCAGACGAGGAUAAUCACGAGUUUAAUCUGGAUGAAGAUGCUCUGGAGCGAAUCCUCCUGCAGGAUCAUGUGAGAGAUCUCAAUGUGGUGGUGGUGUCUGUCGCUGGAGCCUUCCGCAAGGGCAAAUCAUUCCUGCUGGACUUCAUGCUCCGAUACAUGUACAACCAGAGCUCAGAUUUGUGGCUGGGAGGUGAUGAUGAGCCGUUGAAGGGUUUCACCUGGCGUGGCGGCUGUGAGCGUGAGACGACGGGCAUUCAUGCCUGGAAUGAAGUGUUUGUGGUGGAGAAACCUGAUGGCAGCAAGGUGGCAGUGCUGCUACUGGACACACAGGGAGCGUUUGACAGUCAGUCCACCAUCAAAGACUGCGCCACACUGUUUGCCCUCAGCACCAUGACCAGCUCUGUACAGGUUUAUAAUUUGUCCCAAAACGUUCAAGAAGACGAUCUGCAACAUCUUCAGCUUUUCACAGAGUACGGCAGACUUGCCAUGGAGGAAAUCUACCUGAAACCAUUCCAGUCGCUGAUGUUUCUCAUACGAGACUGGAGUUACCCGUAUGAACACGCUUACGGUCUGGAUGGAGGAAACCAGUUUCUGGAGAAGAGACUACAGGUGAAACCGAAUCAACAUGAAGAACUUCAGAACGUGAGGAAACACAUUCACUCGUGUUUCUCCAACAUCAACUGCUUCCUGCUGCCUCACCCCGGCCUGAAAGUGGCCACAAACCCUCACUUUGACGGCAGGAUACGAGAUAUUGAUGAGGACUUCAAGCGUGAGCUGGUGAAUCUGGUUCCUCUGCUGUUGUCUCCAGAGACUCUGGUGGUGAAAGAGAUCGGAGGAUCUAAAGUCACGUGUCGAGAUCUUGUACAGUAUUUCAAAGCUUACAUGAAGAUCUAUCAGGGGGAAGAACUGCCACAUCCCAAAUCCAUGUUACAGGCGACGGCUGAAGCAAAUAAUCUGGCAGCUGUUGCAGGAGCGAGAGAGACUUACGGCCGAAACAUGGAGCAGGUGUGUGGAGGUGAUAAACCGUACAUCGCGCCGGUCGAUCUGGAGCGCAGUCACAACGAGUUCAAGCAGAAUUGCGUUCGUCAGUUCCGUGCAGUGAAGAAAAUGGGCGGCGAGGAGUUCUGCCGGCGCUAUCAGGAGCAGCUCGAGCACGAGAUCGACGAGGUGUACGCAAACUUCAUCAAACACAACGACGGAAAGAACAUUUUCUUCGCCGCACGCACGCCCGCCACGCUCUUUGCCGUGAUGUUCAUCAUGUACGUGGUCUCUCUGGUGAUGGGCUUUGUGGGCAUAAACUCUGUGGCGGCGUUGUGUAACAUGAUCAUGGGCGUGGCGCUGGUGUCGCUGUGCACCUGGGCGUACGUCAAAUACUCCGGAGAGUUCAGAGAGGUGGGCAGCUUCAUCGAUUGGGUGGCAGAAACGCUGUGGGAGCAGAGGACACCCAGGAAGGUCUUUUCCAAACUGUUUGAAGUUGCCCGGAGUAAAGUGGCACUGGGUGCCCUGAUGCCCGCCCGGCGACAGAGACUGUCCUCAAACAACAACGUCAAGAAGAGAAACUAGCCCAUAAUACUCUGCUUUUUAGGACUGUCACCUCUCGGAGCGUCGCAAGCUCUCUGCAGCGUGUUUGUAAAUGCAGGUGUUGUUUUGACCAUCUGUCCUGCUGUCAAUCACUCUGAGGGGUUCAUCUCUCUCUCCUUCCUGCAUUCCACACUGCUCUCUUCCUGUUUGUCUCAUGUCUUCUUCCUCCUCGUCUGUUGUUUGUGUGUUCAGGUGUUGAAGCUGUUAGUUGAUCAGAACUUGAACGUCCUCGACUCCAUCAGAGCAUGUGUCACUCCAAAUGACACGCUUGUGUGAUGUAACGAUCCUCUCGCCGGACGUGCGACUCUGAACUUUGAUUUUUAUACAUGAAAGCGAGUCAUGUGACCUUGAACAGUAUUACUGAUAUAACUAGCUGAACAUGAUGAUUUCUCGUGUCUCUUCUUUAAUCAUUCCAUCCAAACACCAGAGCCGACGGAUAGAUUUGAACUCCUCACAAAUAGGGCAUGAGAUAUUAAUGUAUAUGAAACAUUUUCUAUACCUUUCUUUUGUGUCUGCGGGAAGAAUAAUGGUUUGGUGUCGGCCACUGUGGUGUUUAUUUAAGGAAUGCUUCUGUGAUUGUGUCCAUGUUGGAAAGAAACACACACACACGCUUCAGUUUUAUACCUUCAUCAAGUCUUCUGCCUUCAGCGUCACAAUUCCACCUUUGCUGACGAGCUUACGAAUGUUUAUAAUUGUUUAAUUUUGUUUAUAUUUCCUUAAUUUAUUUUUCAAUUUGAUUAAAAUGAAUCACUGUAUAUUAACUGAGGUGUCUCUGGGUUUGUCACUGCGUUGUGUUUGAAGUGAUUGACACACUUUACAUUAAGAUUGUAUUAACAUUAGUAACACAUUCGUGUCAUGAACUAACAAUAAACAAUAUUUUUACAGCAUUUAUUAAUCAUCUUAAUUUAUAUGAGAAAGUUCUAUUCACUGCAAAAAACUAUUUCUGCCCAUACAGAAAUCUGAUGAAUGGCGCUCACACACACACACUUACACACUCGCUCUCACACACACACACACACUUACACACUCGCUCUCACACACACACACACUUACUCACUCGCUCUCACACACACACACACACUUACACACUCGCUCUCACACACACACACACUUACACACUCGCUCUCACACACACACACACACACACUCGCUCUCACACACACUUACACGCUCUCACACACACACACUCGCUCUCGCUCACACACACACACUCGCUCACACACACACACUCGCUCACACACACACUCGCUCACACACAC